AUGGUCUACGUGCAACGCAAUCGCAGAUGGCCCCUUGCGGUUGCCUUCCGACCGGCAAUGACACCAGUGGCCUAUCGCUUGCGCGUCCUUCCCCGUUUCGUGGAUGCAGACCGUGCUGAUGAUGUAAUCGAGACGUGUAGCAAACAUUUCGACAAGUCAUCAAAGAGCACAAAGGAUCGGUCAUUCAUCCAUCUGUUAACUCCGUUGGCUGAAUACGUAACGGACAACACGGGGUGCGGUCUUCGCACUUCUCAGAUUUCGGUGUUGUACCCCCUCGAUGUGCUUGGGCUUCUGAAGCGUUCCCAGGCUGAUACUACCUCGCCAACUGAGGCACGCCAAGGCCUCACUGACUCGCAGUCACAUUUGCUUCCAGAAGUCAGGGAUAUGAUCGAUUGUCGUGUGAACUGCUACAACAGCUGUUUCGGCGCCCACGUUCGGGGCGAAAUAAAUCUCCUAUGCACAUUGGAGAUAAAACCAAACACUGAUUCUGAAUGUCCGUUUGAGCUGGCGGGGAUGCAGGUGAUUAGACUUCGCUGCUGUGCUUGUCCAUCUCGAGAUUUACGGGGAGGUGAUCAGAUGCACAUCCCCCUUCAGGCUUCCGCCUCUUCUCCCUUGACAAAUGGUUCUCUUUCAUCUGAUCGGCGUCGAAGCGGUGGUCGAAAACUAUCAUUGAACGCACCGUUGGGUAGUAAUGCUGGACCAAGCACGUUAACUGUAGAUGCUUUAUGGACACUGAACCCCUUGGCCUCUCCAGCGAUCAAUGUCAACGGGAGCGACUACUUUUUCAUCCUUGUUCCCAAUCACCAGCAAUGGAGACAGCUCCGAAUGUUGCGUAAUUGUUGGCUUUCCAGCAUUGAUAACUCCGGGCCAGGCAGAAUAAGGCGAAUUUGUAGAACGUACGACCGGUUGGAGCUGAAAAUAGCCGAGAGACUUCGACAAGAUCCCAUCACGUGCUCGCAAGGCAGCAGUACUCCCCCAGAAUCUUCGCAGUGUGAUAAGUACGAGGCAGCGACGUGCUGCAUAUUGCGGAGGCGUUGUCUGUCCUUGAUCAACGCUGACUCGCGCUGUCUGGGUUUGAUGCAAGGCUGUGACGCGCUGCAUAUUGAGGAGGCGUUGUCUGUCUGGUCAACACCCAGCGGAGCUGAGAGUCUCCGUAGAUUUCGGGCAUUCAGUGGUUGCUUUCAUGAAGCUGACCUUCCUGAUAAUGUGGCGCAAAUUGCUUCAGUAGCCGAAGCCACAGAAACGGACCAAAGUUUAUGGACGACUGAGUUCAAACCUCUUCUGUUGACGGUUGAGACAUGUGGCUACCUGUUCUUUGGAAAUGGCAAUUCACUGACGUUUCUCACCAACUACCGCUGGCUUGCGGUCAGGAUUCCGAAGCAAAGGCUUCGCUCGAGGAUCCAGUGGUUCUUCUACCUAAGCUUGAGUGUCCCAGCAAUAGCUCAACUCAAUUGCAAGUUUACAAGCUUUCAGAUAAAUUAUGUUUAUGUGACACCGAACACUGUGUUGUUGAACAGUAAUAUUAUGCUGUCCGUGAUUAUCGUUCAGGAACUCAACUGA